UGUAUAAAAGGCCUGCGUAUCUAUUCCCUUAUCACUCCUGACCUGCUCUGAGAAGCAUCAGCAGCCUGCUCUCACAAUGGCAACCACCUUCUCCAGCCGCGUCUCCAUGUCCUCCGGAUCAUCCAUCGCAGGUGGAAUGUCUGGGCUCUCCCUGUCCGGAGGUGGAGCUCGCAUGAGCGUAAUGCGGGCCGGCAGUGUCUACGGCGGAGCAGGAGGAUCUGGAGUUCGCAUCUCUAGUGCUGGCGCAGGGUUCGGGUUCGCUGCUGGCGGCGGCGGCGGCUUCAGCAUGGCCUCUGGUGGUGGAGCUUUCGAAGCCGUUGUAGGCAACGGGAAAUUCACCAUGCAGAACCUGAACGACCGCCUGGCAUCCUACCUGUCCAAGGUGCGCACCCUUGAGAAGGCCAACGCCGAGCUGGAGCUGAAGAUCAGACAGUUCCUGGAGGCUAAGAUCGGCCCUGCUGCGCAUGACUUCUCUGGCUUCAUGGUCACCAUCAAUGACCUCCAGGCCAAGAUUAUGGGCAACAUCGGUUUUAAGGGAGGAGUUGUGUUGGGUAUUGACAACGCCAAACUGGCUGCUGAUGACUUCAGAGUUAAAUUUGAGGCAGAGCAGGCCAUGCGUCUCUCUGUGGAGGCUGACAUCGCUGGACUCAGGAAAGUCCUGGAUGACCUCACCCUCUCCAAAUCCGACCUCACCAUGCAGAUCACGGCCAUUCAGGAGGAGCUCACCUUCCUAAAGAAGAGCCACCAGGAGGAUCUCCUGGUGCUUCGCGCACAUGUCGGCAGCACAGUAAACGUGGAGGUGGACGCUGCUCCUCAGGAGGACCUCAUGGCAGUGCUGGCCGGCGUCCGUGAACACUACGAGGCUGUGGCCGUCAAGAACAGGAAGGAACUAGAGGGCUGGUUCCAGGCGAAGACGGAAGCGCUCAGCAAAGAAGUCCUCACAAGCACAGCUGUCCUCCAGACGUCCUCGUCAGAAGUCACGUCCAUCAAGAGCACAGUGCAGGCACUUCAGAUCGAGCUGCAAGGCCUCAUCAGCAUGAAAGCGUCCAUGGAAGGCACCCUGGCAGAGACACAGACCCGCUACGCGAGCAUGCUGGGCGGCUUCCAGGUACAGGUGAGCAGCCUGGAGGAACAGCUCGCUGCUCUCCGCGGAGACCUUGAGCGCCAGGGCUACGAAUACUCUAUCCUGCUGGACAUCAAGACCAGACUGGAGUUGGAGAUCGCCGAGUACAGAAGACUGCUCGACGGAGACGCAUACGCGGCCUCUACGUACUCAACCAUCUCGUCUUCGUCAUUAUCGGCAUCGUCAUCCGCAGCGCUAGCAGCAUCAGAAGCGACCGCAAUGUCCACGUCCACCACACGAACCAGAGUGGUGACAGUGGUGGAAGAGGUGGUUGAUGGGAAAGUGGUGUCUUCAUCCUCCUCCUCCUCCCUCAUCGGCUCCUAAUAAGGUGCCUCCACUGAGUUGCAAAGCCCUGAUCCACAACUUCCCUGUUUAUUGCCCUGAGCACAAGGCAGGUUGUAAACCUGCAGUUUGCUACAGGAUAUCUGCAAUGUCAAGUUUUAAAAAAACACCAAUAAAGCAAGAGCAGACUAAAAUCUA